UCCAAACUCUAGUCUAGAUCUACUCGGGCUGGGUUUCUGUAUAAGCACUUUGUGACAUCUGCUGAUGUAAAUAUGUAUAAAUACAUUUGAUUGGCUUAUAGCUACCCAAUCUCAUUGAAGGAUACAACCAAUAGUUGUUUCCCAGGUUACUAAGGAGAGAUGGCUGCUGCUGAUUAUAGUAUUAUGUGCAUUCUACUUUACCUGCUCUGGCUCCCUUCUUCUCAUUCAUUGGUCUUGAACAACGUCCCACUUACACUGCUCUGCUCAAUGAUACUGUGUGACUUUGCAGAAUGGAGUGCACCUUCAAAAGAAAACCAUGAGUGCCCUAGCCCUAGAGGCAAUCGGAUGAAAAAGGAUGCAUUUACCAGGACUAUUAUGGUCAUGUAAACCAUUGAAGGUCAAUGGGACAUAUUACACAAUCAAGCAGCACAGACCUUCGACACGGCUCCCAUUCUGUAGCCCCUCGUAAAGUCAUUUUAUAGUAGCCACUGGGAAGCACGUAGGUUGGACUGCAGAACAAACUCCAUUCUGCUUUUUUUUUAUAUACUGGAUUGAGAAAACGCCAAACUUGCAAGUAGCCAUGGUCUUUCCUGUGGUGUCUGAAGAGAAUAUUCUAUUAGAUUUUUUUCAGGCAAUCCUAUCACACUUGGCUCUAUCCUGCAUACUAAUUUCAGUUACAGCCAUAGCCAUCGCCUGGUUUAUUAGAGAUUCGUUCAAAGUUGAAGAUUUUGACCAGAAACAUGUGUUUAUCACGGGCUGUGAUAGCGGAUUUGGAAAUUUGGUGGCAAGGCAGCUUGACCAAAAGGGGUUUCAUGUAAUAGCCGCAUGUCUCACGGAGAAAGGUGAAUCGGAAUUGAAGGCUGCGGCCUCUCCCAGACUGAAGACAGUUCUGUUCAAUGUUACCGACAGUCCGAGCAUCGAGAGUGCGGUGGAGUUUGUGCGCGCCGAGGUUGGAGAGCGAGGUCUCUGGGGGCUGAUCAACAACGCUGGGAGGUCCACACCUAUAGGCCCCACUGAAUGGAUGCAGUUGGAGGACUUCAAGAAAGUUCUAGAUGUGAAUUUAAUAGGUCUGAUUGACGUGACCCUGAAGCUCCUCCCACUCUUAAAGAAGGCUCAAGGAAGGGUGGUCAAUGUUGCCAGUAUCCUGGGGAGGCUUGCCCUCAACGGAGGAGGCUACUGCCUAUCUAAGUAUGGUGUGGAGGCCUUCUCUGACAGCCUUAGGCGGGAUAUGCAGCAUUUUGGUGUAAAAGUGAGUAUCAUUGAGCCUGGUUUCUUCAAGACGGGUGUGACCAGGCUGGACCUCAUUGAAGCAGACCUGCAGAGACUGUGGAACCGUCUCCCUGAGGAGGUCAAGCACUCAUAUGGACCCAAAUUCUUUGACGAAUAUGUAAAAGCUCAGGAUUUCUCCAUGGGUCUCCUGUGCAGUUCAGACAUCUCCAAGGUGACCAGUUGCAUGCAGCAUGCCCUUACAGCCCGCCACCCGCGGACCCGCUACUCACCUGGUUGGGAUGCUAAGCUCAUCUGGAUCCCCCUGUCCUACCUCCCUGCGUUCAUAGCAGACUUCACAGUCGCUGUUCUACUUCCUGUCCCCAAAGACGACAGAAAGAGCCAUGCAAACCAAGUGGGUGUGGCAAACACAUGAGCCACUGGACUCUUUCCUUUAUCAAUCACAUCUAUGAUGCGUUUUAGAUUGAUUUAUAUUCAUGAUUUGCAUUUCAAGGAUGUUGAUACUACACUGAAUAAAAAUAUAAGUGCAACA